AUGGCCACCACUGCGCACGCUGUACCCAACCUCGACAUCUCGGCUCCUGAAGAGAUGGACCUGCAUUCUGAUAGUGGACUUGAUUUCGGCGACGGCGACAUCGAGCUAGAUCUGGAGCCUGCACCUCCAACUCAGCAUCAGAAUGAUGACGUGUCGAUCAACGACGCAGCGUCAACUGGCGAUCUGGAUGUACAAACAGCGCCCGCCGAUCAGGACGACUUCAUGGCGGACCAUGAAGACUUCAUCGAGGAAGACUACACUUACGGCGACGAUGGAGUCGUAGUGGCAGAUCAAUACUCGACGAAUAACCUUGCUCCAACACAGACAGAAUCGCUUGCACCUCCAGACGAAGACUUGAUCGACUACUCCGAUGACGAGGGUCAACAAACUCAGAAGAAUGUAGCUUCGACAUUAGAACAUGAUCAGUUCGAGGUACAUGCCGCGCAGGAUGAGGCAUUACCUGCGGAACAAGACAACACUGAGGACAUCACGCAAGCAUUUAGGUCCGCCAAUGACGAAAACGUUGAGCAACAUGACCAGGACAGUCCGGACCGUGAUCAGGUCGAUCAGAGUGCAAAGCUAGAAGGUGUCGAUCUCCAAGACGAAGCAAGUAACCACCAAGGAUAUCACUCGGAAGCCCACGACGAAGAGAAUGAAAAUACAGAUGGCGAAGAUGGCGGAGUUCUGCUACGAAAACAAGAAAGUCUCGCUGGUGAUGAUGAGCACGAGGUGGCUCAUGAGGACUCUGAGCAUCCCAACACUGCUACUGAUGAGGAGCACCAAAAUCAUCAGUCGGUCGAAUUACAACCUGUCACAGUGAACUAUGCUGGUAAUGAACUAUGGCUUUUUAAGCAACAUGACGCGGAUGACAGUGGUGACUGGCUCCUCGACGAUCUUUCACUGGCCAAGUCAAGCAUGUCAGACCUUUUCCAGGCAUGCAGAUCCUCGCUCGGAGACGACGUGUCGCAUGAACACGAGAUAGGCUUCCGCUUCGAUCACUUGCACAACUUGGAGCUGUAUGAAGAUAAUACAGUAUGCGUUGCCGUUUCGCUAGAGCGCAUGGUGGGUUUGUAUCACACCCUUCAAGCGCAAGACGGUAACACUGAGCCGGAAUCGUUCUACGUUUCACUUUUAUUUCGACCGCGGUUUGCUACGUUACUCUCCGACGUUGCCAAGUACGCCGAGCAAGGAAGCGGCUAUUCUGGCUUGGAUGCUGCUGUUGCUGCCGGCGAGACCCACUUCAGUAACUUAUUUUCCGGUUCCUCGACGGAGAAUGAGCCCAAUGAUUGGGAGAAUGAAGAACAAAAAGAGGCAGAUCGCGAUGACACAGAACAGAUAAACCGAGAAGCGCAACAAGAGGUGGACCAGGCGGAGCAUGUGGAGCAGGAACCUCAAACGAACGCAGAACCUGAGGAUAAUUAUGAUCGAGAAGAUGAUGAUGAUGAUGCUGAAAAUGACAACGAGAGCACAUCCGCCGAUAAUGUGUUUCAUCAGGAACAAGAUGACCACGAUGCAUCUCCUGAGAGUGCUAACACUAGCGAUGUUCCUACAGACCAAGUAGGUCAACUUGAUGCGCAGCAUUCGCAAUCUCAAAGCGAGACUGCCGUUGAAUCAGACGCACGUCGUGAGCAGAAAGAGGAUGAUCUCAUCGACUACAGCGACGAAGACGAUGCAGAAGAUGCAGAAGAUGCCCAGGAAGCCGAACAUACAUAUGUUGAAGAACGGUCUCCAUUAUCCUCAACGGUACAAGGCGAUGAGCCUGCGACUGCGGAAGACGGUGCCCAUACUGCAGGCUCCCCUGAACAGAGUGGACAAGACCAUGAAAACAACGACGAACUUGACUCGCAUGUUGAAGAUGACAACGGCACUCACUUCAAUGAUCAACUAUUAGAAGGCAUCGAUGACACUACACAGUCAUACCAAAACUAUGCCCAAGCCUUCGAUCAGGACGAUUCAUUCCAGGACUUCCAAGCGGACGGCGAUGCUAACCAAGAUUACGCCGGGUUCGAGUACCAAACCCUAGACCAACAAUUGCAACUUAACUUCCUGGACGGAGCCGAGUUCAACGCCGGUGAUAGCUCAACCAUGACUGGGAAUAACUUCACUGGUACAAACGAUUUCCUAGACCUCAACAACGCGUCCGAAUGGGUCACAGAACAAGAAUCCGUGUCAAACUUGCCGGAGGGUGUGAUGGUAGUACACGACGAUACCACUACUCAAGUUGAUGAAGAGGACGGUACGGCCAAGCCCUCUGCGGUCGCAGCGUCUUCGACUGCAGAUCCUGUUGCCGCCUCGUCAACUGAGUUCCAGAAAUCGUCUCCACAAGGACAAAAGCGAUCCAUUGACGAGGCUGGCUAUGGAGUAGACGAUGCACUCGACUCUAUAGGUAUGCUUGCGCAUCUUUUAUCCAUGAAGCGGUCCUGUAAAGCUGACUUUGUGCAACCAGACGCCAAGCGGCCCAAAGUGUGAACGCCCUCCGUCCUCCAAGUCCCUGGAC